CAAAAAUGAGUUUCUUCAGUUCCCUACAGGAGUACGUGACGAACAGCGUAGCUAGUUUUAGUCUGAGUCCAAAGAGGUUCUCCUUCAGUCGUGAGGAUUCGAAGGGCGAUACCAGUGGGACCGGAAGAAGCAGUUCUACUGGAAGCGUUACCUCAACGACCAAUACUAGCACGUCCGCUGCUCAGCAAGCUACGCCACAUGGUUUUCCCAAGGUUGUGCCACCUCCAGGAACUGUCACAUCGUCGCAUUCUCUUUCACGUAGACGCACUCUCGAAUGCACUCCAGCUUCAGGAUUGACGGUACAUCCUGCGACAGGAAGUGGUGCCACAUCACCGAGGCGAGUUGGCUCCUUUCGACGGAGCGGUGGAUCCAGCGAUCGACCGCCUCUAAUGUUCUGCCGUCGUAGACUAUCCUGGCCCGAGGUCGAUAUACAAGCUACUUCCGGUGUUCAAGAAACAGAUGGAUCUUUUUUUGAAAGUUUUACCGCAUUAUCCUGGAAACAGGAGAAUCGGAGACUCGUUGUCCUUCAGGAAGUGGAAGCAAGAGCGAAGGAACCGCCACCGCCGUCCAGAGAUUCGAAUUUGACUUCGCAACCAUAUCGGCUUAGCAAAAAAGAGAUGGAGCAAUUGUACAUAGAGGUUCUUUACACAAUUGCAAACACUGUAGGCGCCAGUACAGGACAAUACGCGCAUUACAAGGAAGAUCUUUAUCGAUAUGCCCAAGAAGCUUUCGGAGUCCCACAGGAUCAGCACCGACGAUAUCUCAAUAUUGCCUCAGAAGAAAAGCCACCUAUUGUUGUGCUAAGCGUGGUGGUGAUCGAAGCUGAUGGACUUGAAGCAAAGGACGUCAAUGGAUUUAGCGAUCCUUACUGUAUGCUGGGAAUACAGCCCGGCAACCCAGGUGCACCAUUGAGUCCACAAACGAAUUUAACGGCGCAUUCGCCGCAUACACCUCCAGCAUCCCCGAGGCAAGCAAUUCGCGCCCUUUCCGAUGGCGUCGACAUCGAGAACUCUCAUCAUGAAAAGCUUCGAAAGCAUCACAGUUUCAGGCUUUCAUUUAAGCGCAAGGAGCACAGCAGCAGACGGGAACACCGUGAGUCCUUGAGCGGUGCUCUACCCGCGAAGUUUAUACGAGCUACCUCCGUGAAGCCGCAUACGUUGAGUCCGCGUUGGAACGAGAAGUUCCGUUUCGACAUUGAUGACGUCAAUACAGAUAUUCUCCAUCUGGACAUAUGGGAUCACGACGACGAGUCCUCGGUGUUCGACGCGGUAAUCAAACUUAAUGAAGUACGAGGCGUGAAAGGACUCGGGCGAUUUUUCAAGCAAAUCGCUCAAAGUGCUAGAUCCGGAAGUCAGGAUGAUUUCCUGGGUUGUGUAAACAUCUGUUUAGUGGAUAUUCCGAGUACUGGAGUAGAUCAAUGGUACAAACUUGAGGCGCGAACCCAAAGGAGUAAUAUCCAAGGUAGAAUCAGACUGAAAUUAUGGCUGUCGACGAGAGAGGAUCGAGGAACAUCCGAGGAGGAUAAUUGGGGCGAGCUAAGACAACAGGAAAGAUUGUACACAAUUUUCCUCAAUCAUGAAAUGAACAAACAAGGAGAAGACUUUACUGGAGAACUUCCGCAAACCGCACUAACUAUCUUACAUCAACAUGCGGUGCAAGGUGAUGUCACCGAGUUGCAGCAGGCCUUGAUAAGGUGGGUGGCAAGUUCCCGGCAACCCGCCGUCGAUCCACGAAUGCUUCAUCGUCUUCUACAGGAACUUGACAAUCGAUGGCAUACUGAAACUUUGUCGCGCGAUGCAGAACAGUGUCUGGCGGAUUCCUUUAAUGAUUUCCUGGAAGUGUCUUUGAAAAAAGUUAGACAGCACCGGGUACUGUAUCCACCUCUAUACCGACCGACUAUAUCGAAGCUAGAUUAUUUGCUUAGAUGCCUGGGACUUCUUUCAAAUAUGAAGGCUUUUCGAACUUGUUGCCCCUUUAACAAGGAAAUUCGUGGUGAGAUCAUUACCGCUCUUAGAAAAGGAACUCUUGAAUGGUACGAAGAUACUAGACAACAAACAAUGUGCCAUGAUCAGGAACCUGAUCAGGACAUCGAUAGAGUUUUGCAAGAUUUCACGAACUUAGUGACUGCAUUAUUAGUCGAUCUAGAACAAGGGCUUUUAUAUUAUAACAGUCUCUUUGAAAGCACGAAUGGUGUGCCAUAUUUCUCAGCAGUUUACAAACAAUUAGAAAAACUGCUGGCGGAACACGUGGCGAAACACAUGGAGAACACUUCCGAGAUGCAUAACGAGCUUGGCGCAAGGGUCACCACCGCCUGUUUGCAGUUACAUGGUCAAAACCGAGAUGAAGAGUAUGUUUUACCACCCGGUGCUGAGAUAGGAACACCGAUAUUCGAACUUUACUUGGCUCUUCAAGAUUUUGUAAAUAUGAAAGAGAAUUUACCACAAUCGGACCAUAAAACUUUGGCGAUCUGCAAAUAUUACGAGUGGUUUAGACCAGCAAUCGACAAAUGGCUAGAUCUGGCGAAACUCAAGGCAAUUCAAAGAGUACGAAGAGCUGCGGAACUCGAUCGAAUCUGCACCGGGGAAUAUUUCGUCAAACACUGCACAUCGGCAAUCGAUGCCACUGCGUGUUUUUAUCAAAUUAAAGAAUUCUGGAAGAAACUAGCGUGGCCGGAUCUAGUUGGAUCUUAUAACUUCGUGUUGAAAGUCAUCGAUGCAAUAUGCAGCUCCGCGGCUUACUAUGCAGAGAUAACACAUCAGAAACUGGCGGAUAGCGGAUAUUAUGAAGAGCAUACACCAUAUAAGACCACAGAUGAGGUAAUCGCUCAGAUGUGCGUUGCUAUUAAUGGUCUUGAGUAUGUGAGAAGAUGGUUAUUGGAUCUGGGCGAGGAACUUCGCGUGGAACAGAUUCUAACUGCUUUGGAGAAUCAAGCAGGCGAACCUGUUCGAAUGCAGUGGCGAAACACUAUGAUAACACCACUGGAGCAAACUCCUGGGCAAAUGUUACUCUUUAUAAAUCAAAUAGUUUCAAGAAUUGGAGCAAAGAUGAGACCACCUUUGAAAAAGGCGAUGUUUCACUUGGCUUGGUCUCCUGACAGUUUGCCGACUACAGAAGCGAUUGCACCUCUCGUGGAAUAUCUAGAUGUUCAUCUGGUAACACUUAACUCGGCUCUGCUAGUCGCAAAUUUCAAUCGCGUUCUGCAAGACAUUUGGGAGGUAGUCCUUAGUGAAUUAGGCAGUCAAAUGGAUGGAAAUGCCGAGGAUAAACCAGUGAUGUUUUAUGAGAGAUUACACGAAGCACUUGAUUUAUUAGUGAGAUUUUUCAACGCUGACGAUAAAGGCUUGCCUCUAGAAGUAUUACGUCGUCAGAGUUUCAUGAACGCAGAAGAACGUCUCCAGUAUCAUAAAAUGGACACAACUUUCUUGAUUGAUCGUUAUUAUCAACAACGUCUUCUGGACCAACUUAGCACAACCAGUUAUGAAUAUGGAGUUCUGACGAUACGAGCUUAUUUAAAUCAUGAUUCUCUUUGCCUCGAGGUGAUAAAUGCCAGAGAUGUCAUACCAUUAGAUCCAAAUGGAUUCAGUGAUCCUUUCGUGAUAAUCGAAUUAUUACCGCGACGAAUGUUCGAACAUUGCGCCGAGCAGCAGACUAACGUCAAAAAGAAAACUCUAAAUCCCAUGUUUGAUGAAUGUUUUGAAUUUUCGGUGAGUGUGGAGCAAUGUCGUGACCCCAAUGCGAUGGUCCUUUUUACGGUAAUGGAUCAUGACGUUCUCACGGCAAAUGAUUUCGCAGGCGAAGCUUUUCUAGGACUCAGUACCAUUCCUGGCGUCGCCGACACAAACACCAGCAUAGACAAUUUCCACGGCCUCAAGCAUCAGGAAUUACCGCUUAUGCAUCAAAAAAAUCGACAUCAUCCAAUCCUUCAAAUACUGGAAACUCGAAUCGGUGACAAAAUGGCCCUUGACUUUGUGAAAAAGCAGAAACAACGAUUUGCCACGACGUAAGUGCUUUAAGCGCUGAAGAAAGAGAAGAAGAAAACCAUAGUGAUUGCAUUGCAAUUGCUAUCAAGACUUGUACACUAAUCUUAAGAGUCAAUGAAGAAAAUCGAGAAGAAAAAGGAAGAGGAGAAAGUCCAUCCCUGCGAUAUGUCGUCGAUUCUCACUUUCUCUUUCUCUCUCUUUCACGCACUCUACCUUUCUGCCUAUCUUUCUACCAGCCUUCAUUCCAAAGAUUCGUCAGAUCUAUUUCAGUGUAAAUCGUGUUGAAUAUAAUCGGUGUUGGUCAAAAAAAAAGAGAAAAAAAGGGAAGGCGCGAUGAAAGAGGCUCGAGAGAAAUAUAACAGAACUAUUUUUGUGUCGAAGAAGAGAUGUGUAGAGCAGAAACAACGCAGCACAUGCAGGAAACAGUAAAACACGUCGUAGCUAAGGAUAAAUGUUUAAAUGCCGUCUUGUCAAGCUCGAAGCGACACCGGAGCGACCGUAAAGUUCUUUAUUCUACAUUUUUUAUACAGGGAGGCUCAGAUAUUUAAAUAUCUCGCGCGCGCUUCCGAGAGUUUAAGGAUUUUUUCUAAGAAAAACACGAGUGUUCAUGUUUUUGAAUAAAGUAAAAAAAAACGAGACUUUCUCGCGGUCGCGUGAUCUGGUUUUCGUCUGUCGAGUAUCAACUGUGGAUAGAUAGGUAUCGGGAUUUCCAUAAGAAUAUAAAUAAUAUAUAUGACACAUGAUGACUUUCUUUAAAUCGAAUUAUUUUCACAGCUUCCAUAAGAAAGGAAGUCAUCGAAGCUGUUCAUGGAAACUUCCGCCUCGAUUGCGCAGAAUUGAUUCACGACAAAAUUGGGAGGAAAAUGCAAGUUUUUUUUAUUAUACCUCUAAAAUUACUAUUUCUUAAAAAUUAUACAAAAUGCUUAAGUUAUACAAAUUUCUCUUCUCUGCGGACAAGGCAAAG